CAUACGUCAUUCAAAACGCUCACACACACACACACACACUUGUUGCAAUGGCCAUGGAAUCAGAAUCUGGGCGCCCCUCGGGCGCGCUGGGCGAUGGGUCUACGAUGUUUGGCACAGUUCUGGUAUCUGGUGCCACCGGCUUCGUAGGAUUCCAUGUGGUGCAGACAUUGCUUGCCCACUCCGGUGUCAACCAGGUCCGGUGCCUCACGCGCAAGCCCACGCCUGACCUUGAGGAGCUAGCAGCUGUCUCGGGCGGACGCGUCCAGCUAUGUUUGGGGGAUCUGGGCACUGUGGAGUCGUGUCGGUCCAGCGUGGCUCCACACCUGGCCGAUGUGGACGGAGUCAUCAACUGCGCGGCGCACUACCGAUGGUGGACCAAAUCGCCAAACCAGUUCCGCCGGCUGAACGCGGAGGCAGCCGGCGAGCUGGCCGCCCUGUCCAGGCAGGCCGGCGUGCGGCAGUUCGUGCAGGUCUCCACCAUACUGGCCAUGGGCUCGCCGGGUGACGGCUGGGGCUCCGCCGCCCGGCCGCUGCAGCCCGACACGCCCCUGGGCCGGCCCGCCAGUCGCUACGCAGCCAGCAAGGCCGCAGGCGAUGAAGCAGUCCUGCGGGUGGCGGCGGAGGCAGCGGCGGAGGCGGCGGCGGAGGCGGCGGAGGCGGGGGCGUCAGGAGCAGCGGCAGGGCGCAUUGCGAAGGCGCCGGGGGUCGCAGAAGCGGCAGCAGGUAGUAAUGCGGCGGGAGCAAGCGGUGUGGACUCGGCAGCAGUGGCAGCGGCAGCGACAGCAGCAGUGGCAGCGACAGAGGCGAAGGGCUCGGUGCAUGCUGCAGCAGGGGAGGGGCAAGGGGCCAGCAGCAGCGCCGUCGGAGGAGACGCAGGUGGAGGCGGGGGCAGCGGACGACCCUUCGCGGCGUGUGUGGUGGCGCUGGGGUGUGUGGUGGGAGCAGACAGGCGGCUGGUGGCGGGCGGGGAGGAGGACGUCAUGCGCAUAGCUGACCUGGUGCGGGGCAAGGUUCCGGCCACGUUGGGGCAUGAGACCACGUUCACCUACAUUGGAGUGCGGGACGCGGCGGCCGCCAUCGUGGCCGCCCUACACCGCGGCAAGACCGGGCGACGCUACCUGAUUGGCAAUCAGCGCAUGGCCACGGACGAGUACUACAACCUCAUUGCGCGACUCAGCGGCACGCCGCCGCCCAGGCCGGUGGUGCCGGUGUGGCUGGCGGCAGGCUGGGCGCAGGCAGCUGCGGCGCUCGCGACGCUCACCGGGGUGCCGCCGCAGGCCCCGCCCGACCUCAUCCGCACCGUGGCGUACGGCACCCUGUUGUACGACAGCGGCUGCAGCGAGGCCGAGCUGGGCCUGGCGCUGCCGUACCGGGACAUCGCGGCCUCGUUCCAGGAGGCGGUGGAGUGCGUGAAGCGGCACGAUGCGCAGCGGGUGGCCGGCGCACGGCCGUAGCGAGUGAAUGAGAGGUUGAGCAUGGCGUGUGGUGACCGAAGCUGCAUGCUGCGACCUGACGAUAUUGCUAGUGAGCAUCCUUCGUGCAACAGGGGAGUGGUGACUGCUGGGAGCCGAGAAGCGGGGAGAAGCGGGGAGAAUUGGGGAGACCAAGAGCUAGUGAAGCGUCCAGAGGAGCGCCCCGUGACUGGGCGUGACACGUGCUGGACCCGGGGGGUUGUAAGUACCAGCCCAGGCUAAACCAAACCGGGGAGAGGUAGAAAGCUCAUGAAGGGCAU